AUGGGUUCUUGUGUCAUGCUAGAGUGCACAUGCGUCUUUUGGACGGGACAACAACACGACUCGUUGGCUCUUGCUGGGAUUGGGAAGUACUUGAGAGGGUCGGCGGGGGGAAUGUUUGAUGACGUCAUCGGCGAAGCGAGAAUCUGUCGUCCGUGUGCAGUUGGGCUUAACCCCUACUUUUCGUCGGAAGUAGGACUUGAGGACUUCUAUCGUCGACAAUUCGGAAGAGAGAAGAAACGGCCAAAGACCAGAUUCAAUCCCUCACACAUCCACUCCUCCAACAUGGUCAACUCCAGUUUCUACGUCCUAGCAAUCAUCGGACUGUCCCUCUCUUUCCUCCUCAGCACCUGGGCCCUCUGCCAUCUCCUGGGAAUCUUCCCCCUGCUGCGCGAGCUUGCCGACAAUGCAAAGCGUCGACGCGCGGAAAAGGCUAGGCCCAAGCCUGAGGGAUUCGAACUUGAAUCUUUCGCCGAUGUGCGACGCAGAGCAAGAGAGCGCAAGCGAGCUGAGGAAACGAAGAGGCGGGAGAGGAAUAAGACGAGGAGAGAGACGGGGUUUUACGAGGAGUUGGGUAGAGCCUAUCGCAGGUCUACGCUCCAAAGCCUUGACUUUGCACGCCCGAAAGAAGUACCGCCAUCGGUCCGCCAUAGACUAAACGCUGAGUCGACCAUGUCACUGCUUCACUCUACUGCCGAAACGUGUCAUACUACUGGCGAUGGGCCCGUCACCUGGAUACCUGCCAUUGUCGCGGGCAUCAUCCUCUUGCAAAUUGGGCUGGUCUUUGCUUUGCUCUGGAUGGGCCACAACCGCAGUAAGACGUAUUGGAGGCUGCUUCGCGAGAGUGGCGAGGUCAGUGUGAACGACUGUAACUGCACGCCCGGUCGUGCUUGUUGGUUGCUCAAUAGCCCCUUCCAGUUUAGAGCCACCAAACAGCCGCCGGCUUGGCAAGGAAAUGAUAUCUACACCGCCAGUACACCUCCCACCUUUCAACCUCCUCCACAACACCCACAAACCCACCAAGCAACCCCAGCCCACCACACUCCCACUUGUCUCAAACCACCACCCAAAAUGCCAAGCAACAACAACAACAACUCCAGCAACCCCAGCUACACAACCACAAGCUCCGGCACCAACAACCAAGGCAACCACUACUGCUCCCGCGACUACGGCUCGACCGCCUCAAACCCCAAUAGCUUCCACUACUCCAACACUAAUGGCUCGUACUAUUACUCUAAUCCCAAUGGGUCGACGUAUUAUAAUGACGGGCAGGGUGGGGCGAGGUAUACGGCGCCGGGGGGGAAGUAG